UCUCAACAGGCGUCUGCUAUAAACCGCUGACGUUGUUUACCUGCCGAUAGAUGGCGCUGGAUCACUCUCUUCAGUAAACAGAGCCGAAAACAUGGCUACCACCAAGAAGAAGACCAGGAAGCUCCGUGGACACGUCAGCCACGGUCAUGGCCGUAUCGGCAAGCACCGUAAGCACCCUGGAGGUCGCGGUAACGCUGGUGGCAUGCACCACCACAGAAUCAACUUUGACAAAUACCAUCCUGGUUAUUUUGGCAAGGUUGGUAUGAGAAACUUUCACGCAAAGCCCAACACAAAGUAUGCACCUGUCAUCAACCUGGAUAAACUCUGGUCACUUGUGUCUGAGCAGACUAGGCAGAAAUACGCUAAGGAAUCCGAAAAGGCCCCAGUCAUCAAUGUUCUUAAAUCGGGAUACUUCAAGGUCCUUGGCAAGGGUGCACUUCCCAACCAGCCUGUUAUUGUCAAGGCCAAGUUCUUCUCCCGCAAAGCUGAAAACAAGAUCAAGGCUGUUGGUGGUGCAUGUGUGCUCGUCGCUUAAAUUCUUCUACAAGGCCAAAUACAAGAAUCAAUGUCAUCAUGGCUUCUGUUAGUGGAAUUAAAGUGAAAAAAAAAAAAAA